CUGUAAUAGACCAGUCGAGUUGACUUCCGGCCAUUUCUCCAUUGAAGAACGCGUUGGCUGCAAGAACGCCGUUGAGACAUGGACAGUCACAGAUAAGGGUUUACUUUACGGUUUUUGAGUGGUAACAUGAACAGUAGUUGGCCACUUGUUAUGAAAUACUAUAUUUGACACUUUAGAAGAGGAUAACGCGUGAAAGAUUUUUGGACGUCACCUCUACGUUUGGCGCGCACGUUGCUGACUACGAUACGAACCGGUCACAAAGCUUAGUGUAGAUUUGGUACAGAGAACUACAAACCAAAGGUAAAGCAGGGACUUUGGCGGUGUCCUGGAUAUAACCACAUCGCAGGUAUGGACGGGACACCCUUCAGACAGGACCAGCCACAGGGCCAGGUGAGGCCAGGUUUUCAGGUUCAGCCCCAGUUUGGUGUGACGUACACCACCCAGCUGCCUCCCAGCCAGUUCCUCCCUCCUCCUCCACCGGCUUCGGAGCCGAUGUUACAAACCAUGCCGACCAGUGAGCUGCAGAACCAGCCUGUGUCCGGAACCCUGGUGCCAGACAUGACCACUGUACGCACACAGAUGCACUACCAGCCUGGCCAGCAGCAGCAGGACAAGGCCAACAGUCAGAACAAGUCCCAGGAACAUUCCCAGCCCGGCUCAGGCCUGACCCCGGGCUUCAGUAACACUCCAGGCGGGCCACAUUCACACAGUCACUCCAGUUCUGGGGCCACGUCCUCCCUGUACCCAGCCACGCCCGCUCCCAUGACCCCCAUGACCCCUGCAACUCCAGCAGAGGGGUCCGGCAUUGUUCCUCAGUUACAGAACAUUGUUUCCACUGUGAACCUGGGUUGCAAGCUGGAUCUGAAGAAAAUUGCACUUCAUGCCAGAAAUGCAGAGUACAAUCCAAAGCGCUUUGCAGCAGUGAUUAUGAGAAUCCGGGACCCGAGAACUACAGCGCUCAUCUUCAGCUCAGGCAAGAUGGUGUGCACAGGAGCUAAAAGUGAGGACCAGUCCAGGCUUGCAGCCAGGAAAUAUGCCAGAGUGGUACAGAAGUUGGGAUUCCCUGCAAAGUUUCUGGACUUCAAGAUUCAGAACAUGGUGGGCAGCUGUGAUGUGAAGUUCCCCAUCAGACUAGAAGGCCUGGUCCUCACCCACUCACAGUUCUCAAGUUAUGAGCCUGAGCUGUUCCCUGGCCUGAUCUACCGUAUGGUUAAGCCCAGGAUUGUGCUGCUCAUCUUUGUCUCAGGGAAGGUAGUGCUUACUGGUGCAAAGGUGCGAGAGGAGAUUUAUGAGGCAUUUGAGACGAUCUACCCCAUCCUUAAGGGCUUCAGGAAGACAUCUUGACACCUGCAGCACACCUGCAUAUGCACCCUUGUAUAUAACGUUACCUCCUUCAGAUUAUAUUUUCAGACACCCAAAGACACAGUUGUAUGUUGAUACUGUCAUUAUCUACCAGUGUAUGUGGGACUUGCAGCAUACAGGUCUCUGCACAAAAAUUGGGAGAAUUGCAUUGGGUUUGACAGAAGUACUUUAUUCCCAUGCUCAAUGAGUUCAUUGAGUUGGAUCAUACUUUUGUAAUGAUGAUGAGAAAAUGUUCACUGUUGAAUUUUUCUGGCAGGUUAUGUCAUUCCUUUGUAAUUAUAAUCUUAGUAGGAAUAUUGACUCUCGGUUGUUUAUUCUUCAAAUGAUUCUGUAAGGACAGCUCUCUAUCAAGUUUCAGUGAAGAGAGUAAUGGAUUCAGAAUGAAAGUCGGUCCAUGUAGGCUGACUGCAACCCUUUUUACAGUCAGAAAGAUCUGCAAUCUCAUGCAACACCUUGUUUUCACAACCCAGAAGCAGUACUUUCAGUUGAGGUGUACGUAAACGUAAAGUUGCAGCUUAGCUACUUGUCAGUAGAUUGAUUUGAGGUUAUUGGAAAUCAUUUUCAUUCUUUGUAUAUAUUCUUACUACUUAUCUACAGUACAUUUCGUUAAUUUUUACAUGUUCUGUUCUUUUACAUUCUUGGCUUUCCUGUAUACUUGUAAAUAAUAUGCCCAUUUUCAGAGUAAGCACAAUUGAUACUCUCCCAUGAUGACCACAUUUUGUUGUCGUUUUUCCUCCACGGUAUUAAAAGAAAUAAAA